AUGGAUUUCACCUAGCGCCGGCGGCCAUGGCGGCGCAGUGCUGCUGCCGCAAGGCGCCCGGCGCCGAGGCCGCGCCCGCCCGCCCGCCGCCGGAGCCGCCGCCCGCCCUGGACGUGGCCUCGGCCUCCAGCGCGCAGCUCUUCCGCCUCCGCCACCUGCAGCUGGGCCUGGAGCUGCGGCCCGGGGCGCGCGAGCUGGCCGGCUGCCUGGUGCUGGAGCUGUGCGCGCGGCGGCCCGCGCCCCGCGCGCUCGUGCUCGACGCGCACCCGGCCCUGCGCCUGCACUCGGCCGCCUUCCGCCGCGCGCCCGCCGCGACGCCCUGCGCCUUCGCCUUCCCCGCCCCCGGGCCCGGACCCCCGCCGCCCCCGCUGCCCGCCUUCGCCGAGGCCCCGGGCUCCGAGCCCGCCUGCCGCCCGCUGGCCUUCCGGUCGGACCCGUUCACGGACUACGGCUCCUCGCUCACCGUCACGCUGCCGCCCGAGCUGCCGGCGCACCAGCCCUUCCAGGUGGUCCUGCGCUACACCUCGACCGACGCCCCCGCUAUCUGGUGGCUGGACCCAGAGCUGACCUAUGGCAACGCUAAGCCCUUCGUCUUCACCCAGGGCCACUCUGUGUGCAACCGCUCCUUCUUCCCCUGCUUCGACACGCCGGCUGUCAAGAGCACGUACUCGGCUGUCGUCAAGGCCCCGUCGGGGGUGCAGGUGCUGAUGAGUGCGACUCGCAGCACAUACGUGGAGGAGGAGGGCGUCUACCACUUCCACAUGGAGCACCCCGUGCCCGCCUACCUCGUGGCCCUUGUGGCUGGAGACCUCAAGCCAGCAGACAUCGGGCCCAGGAGCCGUGUGUGGGCUGAGCCAUGUCUUCUGCCCACGGCCACCAGCAAGCUGUCUGGCGUUGUGGAGCAGUGGCUAAGUGCGGCUGAGCGGCUCUAUGGGCCUUACAUGUGGGGCAGGUAUGACAUCGUCUUCCUGCCCCCCUCCUUCCCCAUCGUGGCGAUGGAGAACCCCUGCCUCACCUUCAUCAUCUCCUCCAUCCUGGAGAGCGACGAGUUCCUGGUCAUCGAUGUCAUCCACGAGGUGGCCCACAGCUGGUUCGGCAAUGCCGUCACCAAUGCCACGUGGGAGGAGAUGUGGCUGAGUGAGGGCCUGGCCACCUAUGCCCAGCGCCGCAUCACCACAGAGACUUAUGGUGCUGCCUUCACCUGCCUGGAGACGGCCUUCCGCCUGGACGCCCUGCACAGGCAGAUGAGGCUGCUGGGGGAGGACAGCCCAGUCAGCAAGCUGCAGGUCAAGCUAGAGCCAGGAGUGAAUCCCAGCCACCUGAUGAACCUGUUCACCUAUGAAAAGGGCUACUGCUUUGUGUACUACCUGUCCCAGCUCUGUGGGGACCCCAAGCGCUUUGAUGACUUCCUCCGGGCCUAUGUGGAGAAAUACAAAUUCACCAGCGUGGUAGCCCAGGACCUGCUGGACUCCUUCCUGAGCUUCUUCCCGGAGCUAAAGGAACAGAGUGUGGACUGCCGGGCAGGGCUGGAGUUUGAGCGCUGGCUUAACGCCACGGGUCCACCGCUGGCAGAACCAGACCUGUCUCAGGGGUCCAGCCUGACCCGGCCUGUGGAGGCCCUCUUCCAGCUGUGGACCGCAGGGCCUCUGGACCAGGCAGCCGCCUCGGCCAGUGCUGCCGACAUCUCCAAGUGGAGAACCUUCCAGACGGCACUUUUCCUGGACCGGCUGCUGGACGGGUGCCCACUACCCCAGGAGGUGGUGACAAGCCUGUCCAAGUGCUACUCUUCCCUGCUGGACUCGAUGAAUGCCGAGAUCCGCAUCCGCUGGCUGCAGAUUGUGGUCCGAAAUGACUACUACCCUGACCUCCACAGGGUCCGGCGCUUCCUGGAGAGCCAGGUGUCGCGCAUGUACACCGUCCCGCUGUAUGAGGACCUCUGCACCGGGGCCCUCAAGUCCUUCGCACUGGAGGUCUUCUACCAGACACAGGGCCGCCUGCACCCCAACUUGCGCAGAACCAUCCAGCAGAUCCUGUCCCAGGGCCUGGGCCCCAGCACAGAGCCGGGAGACACACCAGCCCUGCUGCUCGGGGAGGAGGCCCCCAGCGGCACCCUCUCUCUCAGGGACGUCAACGUGUCCGCCUAGCUCGGAUGGCUGCCCACCUCCCGGAUGCCGCGAUUGUGCCUUCUGUGGUCUGGGCCGCCAUGACUGCCCCUUGGCUCUGGCUGUGAGCCCCCCAUGGGCUCUCCCGGGCCUGGGGCACAGGGAAAGGGACCUUGUGUCCGGAGAAAGCCCACGGAACUGGGUCCAAGUUGUCCCAGCUCUCUUGCACUGCAGGGUCCAGGACAACCAGUACCACACCUCCCACCUCCGUCCAGAUGCCAGCGCCUGCUGACCGCUGCCCGGGGGCCAAGACCCCAGCAGCCCCUGGCCACCGCCACACUGUGCCUUAUGCCUGCCGGAGACCCAGGCCACUCGUGUCUGAAGUGCGUCUCCCCGCAGAGCCCUGCGCCCGGCCCCUGGGCCUGGCAGAGGGACAAGGACACCGACAUUCCUUCAUAGUGGGGAAGAAGAUGGGUGUCCCUGGGCACCCUUCAGCCAGCCAGCCAGCCAUGGGGUCCAGACCCUGGAGGCCUGUGGGCAGGACAGCCUGUCCCGAGGCUGACGAGGGUGCUGGUGGUGCUCAGGGCCCUGCUGGGAGAGGCACCGGGCCAGAGUCUCAGCCUGGGACCACUGCAGCAGAACACCUGGUAGCUGUCCCAUUAAACCUCCACUCUGCAGA